CAGAGCCACACACUUCACUCGAAACAUUCACUACGAAAGGAACAAUCCAAACUACCAAUAUUGACUCCACCGACACAGUAAGUUCUUCUACCGAUAGUGGUUUAUCCUCAGGGGUACCCUCAACAUUCCCCCAAAUGACCACACGUUUUACGGACACAACUCAAAUUGACUCCGUGUCAACAGACUCAGAUUCAACAGAAUCUAAAAUAUCAUCCAAACCACAAACCACUGCAACGGGCGGAUCUACAACCCCUUAUUGUCAAGAAGAAAUCUAUGGCGAUGAUUGUAAUUAUGGACAAAACCUCACAACUCCUGAUGUUGAUUAUUCUGCAAUACCUACACGAAAAGCAAAUAUUACUUUGGAUAUCAAGAUCACGUUUUUGGAUGCAUAUAACGAUUUGCUUUCAAAUGCCUCAAUAGAUUUCAUCAAAAAGUUGCAAAUGGAGCUUGAAGUACUUUGCGCCGAAGUUCCACACUUUCAAAAAGUAGUAGUCAUCAACUUACUAGAAGGAAGCGUUAUCGACUCAAGCCGAAGGAAGGAGCGCUCCCUGCAGAGUGAACCAAAAUUCCAGUUAUUCAAAAAGUUCAUCAUGAAGUUGAAAGAUCUGCUGACAAAAGCGGACGUCACAGAGUUGCGGCCAAGAAGCGUUUUGGCCACGAGCCGAGCUGAGUACGUUUAUCAGAACAAUGCCACGCAGAUCCAGUGGCUCAAUGAUCAGCUCGAAGGCGAGUUGGUGCGAAUCUUCAACGAGGACGACAACAUCCAGCAGAUCUCUGAAGCAUUCAGUGCCAGUGUACUCUUCAAGAAAGUCUCCUCUCCGGUUCCACAGAUUAUGAGUAUCAUGGAUCUCCAGCCCUUUAUCAACUGCUCAUUUAAUAAUUACACCGCUGAGGUGAUUGACGGUCGGUGGCAGUGCGUGGGACCCUGCAUGAAGGAGCUGGACUAUUGCAAUGGACAUGGUCAAUGCCUCAAUGAUAUUAACGUAGGAGCAGUGUGCAACUGCUAUUCAUCAAAAAUAAGCAAGUACUUUGGGCCUCGAUGCCAACACUUCCGCUGGGGUCCAGCCUUCUAUGGAGCUCUUUUCGGAUCGAUAGCGGCGGCCCUGCUAAUGGCCGCAGUAGUCGCCAUCGUCGUCUUCCUGGUUAAACAAAGACGUUGUGGCUCUUGGAAUAGAGCCGUUUCAACCGGAUUUCUAGAUUUUGAUGAAGACUACUUUGACUUCACCGGCACAGGACGUUACAAUUUGGGACUUGCAGGCAGUUACACAGCAGAGCGCUUCCGGCCAUAUCUAGAAAACAUUGAUACAUAAAUACAGGUGACAACAAAACGGCUCAAAGUGUCAAAUGUUACUGAUGAAGACAAAGUAAAGGCUAAAACAGUCGAUCAAUAUAUAAAUUUGAGCUAUGUCUUCAGAUUGUUGUGAUUCUCUUUGUUGUUUUUUUUUUUUAAAUGUGCAAUAAAUGUUCUUUUCCCCCAAUAUUUACUUUGUGCAAUAUUUUUUUAGAGAUGGGACUUUAACAGAUUAAUUACAACUAAUUUGUGAGGAAAAAAAAUGAACGAGUUAUCAUAAUAAUAAUAAUAAUAAUUGCAGGUUACGUUCCCAACACAGAACCUUUGCAUU